AAAGUAAACUAAUUUUUGGAAUGUUUUUAAAAUGUGAAAGUGAAUUUUAAUGGACUCAAGCAUGCAAGAGCAUAAAUCGUUUCUGAUAAGAGACCUUUUAGGAGAUGUAUUAAGUUCCAAUGAAGCAGGAACAGAAGAUGUCGAAACUUCGGACCAUUUGGAGUGCGAAGGCGAGCGAGGGACAUACCCUUCGACGGUGGGCGGACCGGAAAAUUCCUCGGAGGCGGCAAAGGGACGCAAACCACGCCGAAGACGAACGGCUUUUACUCAUGCGCAACUCGCCUAUUUAGAGAGAAAAUUCCGGUGCCAGAAAUACUUAUCGGUGGCGGAUCGCAGCGAUGUUGCCGAUGCUCUGAAUCUAUCGGAAACUCAAGUCAAGACCUGGUAUCAAAACCGACGGACCAAAUGGAAAAGACAAAAUCAACUCAGAUUGGAACAACUGAGACAUCAAGCGUCGAUGGAAAAAGAUCUACUAAGUACAGGAAGUCUGCGAGGGGCAGGUGGAGAUCCUACUCCUUGCUGCCAACCUGCUGUUAUUCCCCGGUAUGGAGCACAAUCACCUUGCAGUUUUUUGACCACGGCGGCAGCUGCAAUCUUUCAUAAUGUUACAUACGUUCACGGAUGUCAACUUUAGUUGUAAACGUAAACAUUU